AGGGGGUUUGUUGUGGGCAGCCCAGAGCUGUCUCAGUAGUACUUCUCUGGGGUGUGAUGGGAGCUGUUGGGCUCUGUGGCAGAACUGCCAAAAUCCUGUCACCACCACCGAAAAACAAAAGUGUGAAGAGGUCCUUUCUAUUUUUUUCUCUGCUGACUAUGCCUCCCCAGCCGAACACUGCUCUCAAUUGCUCUCUGUCUGUAGCAGCUCUUUCUGGCUUUGCAGCAAUGAAACAGGAUACUUCUCAUCCCACAGGUUUUUAGCCUUUAAGAGUGGAUCAAAUCGCAAUAGCAGCUCACAAGGUGAUUACUCUCUCGUGGUGGGAACUCUUUUCUUCAGGCUCAUUUCCAUGAUGGAUGGGAACACAAGACAGCUGGAAGUAGUUCAGUGUCAUGUGAUGGGCUUCGUGCCUCUCCAUCAUUGAAAUGAGCCUGAAGGGAAAUAAGCCAAUGUAAUGAGGUGGUAGGUUCUUGCUUUUCACUAUUUUACUUAAUGAAGGGGAUGGUUCCUUUUUAAAAUAAGAGUUAAUGUAUAACACUCAUAGAUAAGUUGACCCAAUUUUCUAAGUGUGACUUUUUUGACAAAAAUGUCUAAGCUUGUAUUAUACUAUACUACCUGUUCUAAUGUGCUCACAAAUAUUUCUUUGUAUUUAUUGGCACAGUCUUUUUCUUCCUGUCUGUAUUGAUGCUUUUGAAGAUCUUUCAUGUCAUUAAUGAGUAUUAAAUAAUUACCUUAAACUGCCUACAAAGAUGAUUCCCCUUCUUCACCUCCUCCUCCUAUACAAAAUGGAGUUCACUGGAACACAUUUUACAGUAUUGGCCACUUGAAGGCACCACAACACUACUUUUGGCAUUUUACAUGGGCUAUUCGUUUCUAUCCAUGUUUGCAAAAUGACUAUCUAAACACUGCAAAUGUAAAAUUCUUAGCCAGACAAGUGUAAGAUUAGGGCCCCUAGCAAUGGUUGACUGAGCUGGUAAGAUGCAUGGAAAACUUGUGAACAUUUCAGUUCCUGAGGGAGAACAAAACUGUAAAUGUUUGCAAUCUAGCUUUUGAAAUAAAUCUAUGCCUUCAGUUUGGGAAUCUAAGUUUGCAUUGGGAAAAAAUAGGAAAACUAAGUGAGGCAAUUUGAAAGAGACAAAGUGGAUAUGAGCAGGGGACUUUUUGGAGAGUUGUGUUGUGGAAAAGGACAAGGGAGCUAGGUAACAAUGAGGAAGUAACAGGACAGCAGGACAUUUGCUAUGAAUUGAAUGAGGGAGGAGUUCUUCAAGGCUGGAGAAGGAAGUGAGACAAAAUGGAAUUGGCUGUCACAAGAGAGAUCUGAGGUAACAAAGUAUAAUAUUGCAGAGGUUUGGUAUUAAAUAAAGUACCUACAGAAAAGAAAGUAGGUCUCUGAAUCUUGAGUUAGAUUAACAAUUAACCACAGCGUCUGAAGGCUUCUGGGAAUCAUGGCUCAAAAGUAACCUUUGCCAAGUCUGGAUUGGGGGCUUCCUCAUAGAACUAGAUUUUUGAUAACGUGCUACAUCUCAACUGUGAUAAGUUCAACACUUUUCUAUAGCCUUUACACAAUUUGGUCUGAAACAGCUAAGACUAUUUGUUCAUGAUCCAAAGAAUAAACAAUUCUGAAGAUAAGACAUUCUUUAAAAAGCCUGCUGGCACAUUGACAGCUGUUCCUGAUAUGCAAAUCUCACAUAGGAGUUGCAUAAGUCAGCAUUCCCAUAACAACACCAAAGCUAGGCUGGAUUUGUUUCCAUAGCUCAAACUCUUGAGUUGUGGAACAGAAGCUGACUCUGUUCUGUUCUAGCUUAUGCAUGAGUUCACCAAGGAAUCUAAACUGAAUUUCUUGGUACCUAUGUUUGUAAGAGAUCACUCUGCAUCAAGGAUUCAGAACAUGCCAAUCUCACUGGCUUAAAAUAAAGUUUGUUCCAGAUUCUGAGCUUUAGUUUGUAAAAUGUUUAGAAGUGGAAAACGACAGCUUUGGAAACAAAGCAUUAGCAGAGUUUUAAAGCAAAAGUUAAAGGAAGAGAAAGAGGCCAAACAAGCCCAUCUGGAUGGAAGACAUGAUUAUAUAUUCUCCAUAAUUGCUUCCUGUGUGGUUCUCGAAAAGGCAGAAGUGGAAGAUGCAAUUCUUGAAGGAAAUCAGAUUGAGCGUAUCGAUAAAUUCUUCACUGUUGGUGGCUUUCGUCAUGUCAUGUUCUAUUAUCAAGAUAUGGAGGGAUCUGAAACAGGACCUGGAAGCUCAGCAGGCAUUAAUUCUCAACCUGCUAAGAACAAAAAACACAAGUUAUUUGUGACAGAAGGAAAUGAUGUUGCUUUAACUGGCAUAUGUGUGUUCUUCAUUAGAACUAAUCCUUCCAAAGUAAUCACUGCAGAGAAUAUUCACCGUGAAGUGGUUUUCAAUAUGAUGGAUACAACUCAUGGUGGUUUGCUCAACAGUGUACAACACUUGCUGUCAGAUAUCUUCAUACCAGCUCUGAAGACUAUGAACCAUGGCUGGGGAGAGUUGAGUGGCCCUUGGAAAGGAAUGAAUGUUAAACAGGAUUUUCUUGCUUCUCUAGAGGGAUUUGUCAGUGUCCUUUUAGGAGCUCAGCAAAGUCUGUUAGAGAAGGUAAAUUUGAAGGAAUGUGAUACCUAUGAUUUGAAAACCCUGAAAGGACCUACAGACUACCUGAUUGCAGCAAACAGCACAGAGACUCUGGAACGAAUAGAAGCUUGCAUGAAAGUGUGGAUUAAGCAAAUUGAACAGGUCAUUGCUGAAAAUAGCCAACUGCGAAAAGAAGCAGACGACCUUGGACCACGAGCAGAGCUGGAUCACUGGAAAAAGCGACUAUCUAAAUUUAAUUACUUGUUGGACCAACUCAAGACACCAGAUGUGAAGGCUGUUCUUGGAGUACUUACCGUUGCUAAAUCAAAACUACUAAAGAGCUGGCGAGAGUUGGAUAUUAGGAUAACUGAUGCUGCAAAUGAAGCCAAAGACAAUGUGAAGUAUUUGUACACCCUUGAGAAAUGCUGUGACCCUUUGUACAACAGUGACCCGGUAAUGAUGGUAGAUGCUAUCCCAGGACUCGUACAUGCUAUCAAAAUGAUCCACAAUAUCUCACGUUACUAUAACACUUCAGAGAAGAUAACUUCCCUGUUUGUGAAGGUUACAAAUCAAAUGAUAACUGCUUGCAAGGCUUAUAUUACUAAUAACAAUACUGCCACAAUCUGGGAUCAGCCACAAGAUGUAGUUUUGGAAAAAAUACAAGCUGCUAUAAGGCUUAAGCAGGAAUACCAAAACUAUUUUCACAAGACCAAACAAAAACUGGAACAGAGACCAGCUGAAAGGCAGUUUGAUUUUAGUGAGAUGUAUAUCUUCGGAAAAUUUGAAACGUUUCAUCGCCGCCUACUUAAGAUUAUGAAAAUCUUUGAUAUCAUCACAACUUAUUCAGUUUUACAAGAUUCCAAGAUGGAAGGACUAGAAGUGAUGGCAACAAAAUAUCAGGGCAUUGUAACCACCAUGAAAAAAAAGCAAUACAACUUCUUGGAUCAACGGAAAUCUGAUUUUGAUCAAGACUAUGAAGAGUUCUGCAAGCAAAGCAAUGAUCUUCACCAACAAUUGCAGACUUUCAUGGAUAUUACCUUUGAAAACAUUGCAAAUACUGAAAGAACUCUAUAUAUGCUGAAGAAAUUUGAAAGGCUAGGAAUCCCCAAACUUGGCAUUGAUGAGAAAUACCAGGUAAUCCUCCAGAAUUAUGGCCAUGAAAUUGAUGUGGUCUCUAAACUCUACUCCAAGCAAAAGAAUGAUCCCCCAUUAGGACGUAACCUUCCUCCAAUGGCUGGUAAGAUCUUGUGGGCACGGCAGCUUUUUCAGAGAAUCCAGGAGCCGAUAAGUCUUUUCCAGAAGAACUCCACAGUUCUGCAGACAGCAGAAGCAAGGCCCAUUAUCCACAAUUACAACAGGGUGGCUAAAAUCCUUCUAGAGUUUGAGGUGGUCUAUCACAGAGGAUGGCUUCAACAGGUGCAGCUAACUAAAGCAGGUCUUCAGGCAUCAUUGCUAGUGAAAGCUCCAGAUAAUGGAGAAAUAUUUGUGAAUUUUGAUCCAGAGAUUCUCACUUUAAUAAGGGAAACUCAGUGCAUGGCUCGCAUGGGGCUAGAAAUACCACCAUUUGCCAUUGCUCUUCAGCAAAAAAGUAAUUCUUACAAACAGGACGUGAAUAAACUGCAGAUGAUGCUGGAAGAAUAUAAGAGAGUCAAAUCCAAAAUCCAAGCUCCCCUUCAUGUGCUAAUGGCUCCUCAUGUGGCUAAAGUGGAUGAGGCUAUGCAGCCUGGAAUGACCACAUUGACUUGGACAUCCCUAAAUAUUGAGAUGUACUUGCAGAAUAUAUUGGACAAACUUGCUGACCUUGAGCUGCUGCUAGAUCGAAUAAAUGACUUGAUAGAAUUUCGUAUUAAUGCUGUUCUUCAAGAAAUGAGCACAGUGCCCCUUUCCAACCUUCCAGAAGAUGAUCCACUGACCUGUGAGCAAUUUCUUCACAUGACAAAGGAACUCUGUAUUAAGGGUGCAUACAAGCUUCAUCUGAAAAGCUCAUUAGUAGAAGAAGCAACCAAUGAGCUUAUCAACAUGUUAUUGGAUUUAGAGGCACAAAACAAAAAUGAUACUGAAAGCAGAAUUGAGGAAACUGAUGAAGCAGCAGAAGAUGAAGGCCCACCAGACAUCUUAGCCUCCUCACACACUCCUAGCCAGCUUUCAACAGCAUUAUCUACUCCUUUAACUAAGAAAAAGAAGAAGGAAAUGGAAAUGCUAGAGGAAGAAGCCCAAGAGCUGCUGUCUCAUUUCAACCACCGCAAUGUGGAUGCUCUUCUGAAGGUUACUCGCAACACCCUGGAGACCAUACGCAAGCGCAUUCAAGCUGCUUCUAUUAUCAGCUUCUUAGAUAAUGAGAAUGCUUUUAAGCAGAAGCCAAGUGUUCAGCCUAUAUUUCAGGCAAAUGUUAUCCUUUCCAUCCCAAAUUUUGCUAUAAUGCCAGCCCUUGAGGAAGUCCAGCAAACACUUAGCAGAGCUGUAGACAGUAUUGUAAGUGUCAUGAAAGGAGUUGGCCAAUGGAGCAAGGAGAGACUGUCCAAGAAAGGGAUGCUAGAAAGAAAAAUGGCUGCUUUACAAAAUGAUGGUGGUAGUGAUUCUGAGAAUGAAAUGCAACAAACUGAAGUUGAAAACAUCCGUGAUACUGCUUCAGAUUCUGCUUCUUUGAGCUUGCCUUCUACUAUCCAAACCAAGAACUACUACAAAAUCAUUUCUGAGAAUAAAGAAAUAAUUAAGCUGAUGUCUGUUCUUAGUACAGCUAUUACUUCCACCAAAAGGGACAUUCUUGCAGCCCUGGAGCAUUUCAAAUGUUACCAUCACAUCUGGCAACAGGAGAAAGAGGAGACAAUUGAAGAUUUUGUUAAAGGAAGUCCUUUGCUCUCUGAGUUUGAAUCCCAAAUCCUUUAUUACAGAGACUUAGAACUAGAAAUUAACUCGGAGCCUGAAUACAUCUGUGUUGGAACUGUUGCUUUAUACACUGAGGAUCUAAAGUUGGCCCUUACAACAGAAACAAAAUCAUGGAUGGUUGCAUUUGGUCAUCACUGUAACAAAACAUACAGGACAGAGAUGGAGAACAUCUUUACUUCUGUGGAGGAAAUUUCCAAGAAAUUGAACCGUCAGAUUAAAGACUUGGAUGAUAUAAGAAUAGCUAUGGCUGCCCUGAAAGAAAUCCGGGAACAGCAGAUCCUCAUUGACUUUCAAGUAGGACCAAUUGAGGAGUCUUAUGCAAUGUUGAAUAAGUAUGAGUUACUGGUGGCAAAGGAAGAGAUAGAAAAAGUAGACACACUGCGCUAUACCUGGGAGAAACUGCUGGUCCGAGCAAAUGAAGUGCAGAAUGAAUUAGUAGCAUUACAGCCUAAAUUUAGAGGAGAGCUGAUAAGUACAGUGGAAAUAUUUGUUGAAGAUUGUGAUCAGUUUUACUUGGAUUAUGACACGAAUGGCCCCAUGGUUGCUGGUCUUGAACCCCAGGAAGCCAGUGACAGGCUGAUCAUGUUCCAGAAUCGGUUUGACAAUCUUUAUCGGAAAUACAUCACCUACACUGGAGGCGAAGAGCUGUUUGGCUUACCAGUGACUCAGUACCCACAGCUCCUUGAGAUAAAGAAGCAGCUCAGCUUGUUACAGAAGCUUUAUGGUCUUUACAACAGUGUCAUUGAAACUGUAAAUGGCUAUUAUGAUAUCCUCUGGUCUGAAGUGAACAUUGAGAAGAUUAAUAAUGAACUCCUUGAGUUUCAGAACAGGUGCCGUAAGUUGCCACGAGCUUUGAAGGAAUGGCAAGCUUUUCUGGAUCUUAAGAAAACAAUAGAUGAUUUCAAUGAAUGUUGCCCUUUGUUUGAGCUCAUGUCCAAUAAAGCCAUGAUGGCCCGUCACUGGAAGCGCAUUACUGAACUUACAGGCCACAAUUUUCAUGUUGAAAAUGAAACUUUCAAACUGAGAAACAUCAUGGACGCACCUUUGCUGAAAUAUAAAGAAGAGAUAGAGGAUAUCUGCAUCAGUGCGGUGAAGGAAAAGGACAUUGAACAAAAGCUGAAACAAGUGAUUGCUGAGUGGGACAACAAAAUGUUUACUUUUGCUAACUUUAAAACCCGUGGGGAGUUGCUCUUGAGGGGAGACAGCACUUCUGAGACAAUUGCAAGCAUGGAAGACAGCUUGAUGGUUUUAGGGUCUCUGAUGAGUAACAGAUAUAACACACCUUUCAAGGUUCAGAUUCAAAAGUGGGUACAAUACCUGUCCAACACAACUGACAUCAUUGAGAACUGGAUGACAGUACAGAAUUUGUGGAUAUACUUAGAGGCUGUCUUUGUAGGUGGAGACAUUGCCAAACAGCUUCCAAAGGAAGCCAAGCGUUUCUCUAAUAUUGAUAAAUCAUGGGUGAAGAUCAUGACCAGAGCCCAUGAAAUACCAAAUGUGGUCCAGUGCUGUGUUGGAGAUGAAACAAUGGGACAGCUUCUUCCACAUUUGUUGGAUCAACUGGAAAUUUGUCAAAAGUCACUUACAGGGUAUUUGGAGAAAAAGCGGCUUUCGUUUCCCCGUUUCUUUUUUGUAUCAGACCCUGCUCUUCUGGAGAUCCUGGGCCAAGCUUCAGAUUCUCACACAAUCCAGGCUCACUUGCUAAAUGUUUUUGAUAACAUCAAAUCAGUGAAAUUUCAUGAAAAGAUCUAUGAUCGGAUUCUUUCCAUUUCCUCUCGGGAAGGUGAGACAAUUGAAUUGGAAAAGCCUGUAAUGGCAGAAGGAAAUGUAGAGGUUUGGCUCAAUUCCCUUUUGAUGGAGUCUCAGGCCUCAUUACAUCUUGUGAUUCGACAGGCAGCUGCAAGCAUUCAGGAAUCAGACUUUCAGCUAAUAGAAUUUCUUUCUUCUUUCCCUGCACAGGUUGGCUUGCUGGGGAUUCAAAUGAUCUGGACACGAGAUGCUGAAGAAGCAUUGACAAAUGCAAAAUAUGAUAAGAAGAUAAUGCCCAAAACAAACCAAUUUUUCCUGGAUCUUCUCAAUACUUUGAUAGACAUGACGACAAAAGAUCUGAAUCCAAUAGAGCGCAUUAAAUAUGAGACACUGAUCACAAUUCAUGUACACCAACGGGACAUAUUUGAUGACCUGUGCCGUAUGCAUAUCAAAAGUCCUACAGAUUUUGAAUGGCUGAAACAAUGCAGAUUUUAUUUCAGUGAAGAUGCAGACAAAAUGAUGAUUAACAUCACAGAUGUGACCUUCACAUAUCAAAAUGAGUUUUUGGGCUGUACAGACAGGCUGGUUAUUACACCUCUCACAGACAGGUGCUAUAUUACUUUAGCUCAAGCCUUAGGGAUGAGCAUGGGGGGAGCACCAGCUGGGCCUGCAGGAACUGGCAAAACAGAAACAACAAAAGACAUGGGAAGAUGCCUUGGAAAAUACGUUGUGGUUUUCAAUUGUUCUGAUCAGAUGGAUUUUCGAGGACUGGGAAGAAUUUUUAAAGGUCUUGCUCAGUCUGGAUCAUGGGGAUGCUUUGAUGAGUUUAACCGCAUAGAUUUACCAGUGUUGUCAGUUGCUGCGCAGCAGAUUGCAAUCAUACUGACCUGUAAGAAGGAGAGGAAGAAGAGUUUCAUUUUUACCGAUGGUGAUAAUGUGGAAAUGAAUCCUGAAUUUGGGCUUUUUUUGACAAUGAACCCUGGAUAUGCAGGCCGUCAAGAACUGCCCGAAAACUUGAAGAUCAACUUCCGGUCUGUGGCAAUGAUGGUUCCUGAUCGGCAGAUCAUCAUCCGUGUCAAGCUGGCUAGCUGUGGUUUCAUUGAUAACAUUGUCCUUGCAAGGAAGUUCUUUACCCUAUACAAACUUUGUGAAGAACAAUUGUCUAAACAGGUACAUUAUGACUUUGGCUUGAGGAACAUAUUGUCAGUUUUGAGGACCUUGGGAGCAGCCAAAAGAUCAAAUCCUGAAGACACAGAAUCUACCAUAGUCAUGAGGGUCUUGAGAGAUAUGAAUCUUUCUAAACUGAUUGAUGAAGAUGAGCCCUUAUUUUUAAGCCUGAUUGAGGAUCUUUUCCCGAGUAUUCAACUUGACAAGGCAGGCUAUCCAGAGCUAGAAGCUGCCAUUAGUAAACAGGUUGAAGAGGCUGGUUUAAUUAAUCACCCUCCAUGGAGACUGAAAGUUAUCCAGCUCUUUGAAACACAAAGGGUGAGGCAUGGCAUGAUGGCCCUGGGCCCUAGUGGGGCAGGAAAAACUACAUGCAUCCACACACUUAUGAAAUCCAUGACAGAUUGUGGGCAGCCACACCGUGAAAUGAGAAUGAACCCUAAGGCCAUCACGGCACCUCAGAUGUUUGGACGUCUCGAUGUUGCAACUAAUGACUGGACAGAUGGGAUUUUCUCCACUCUUUGGAGGAAAACAUUGAGAGCAAAGAAAGGAGAACACAUUUGGAUAGUUCUUGAUGGUCCCGUUGAUGCAAUUUGGAUUGAGAACCUGAAUUCAGUGCUUGAUGAUAACAAAACACUAACACUAGCUAAUGGAGACCGGAUCCCUAUGGCACCAAAUUGUAAAAUUGUUUUUGAGCCUCAUAAUAUUGACAACGCCUCUCCUGCCACAGUGUCAAGGAAUGGCAUGGUGUUCAUGAGCUCAUCAGUUCUGAAUUGGAGUCCCAUUCUUGAGGGUUUUCUGAAGAAGCGUUGUUCACAGGAAGCUGAGAUUUUGCGACAGCUGUAUGCAGCAUCUUUUCCAGAACUGUAUCGAUUUAGCAUCCAGUCUUUAGAGUACAAGAUAGAGAUGCUGGAGGCCUUUGUGAUAAUGCAGAGCAUUAAUAUGCUACAGGGCCUUAUCCCUUGUAAGGAACAGGGAGGAGAAAUAACAGCAGAAUUCCUGGAACGUCUGUACAUCUUUUCUCUGAUGUGGAGCAUUGGGGCAUUGUUGGAACUGGAAGACCGUCGCAAGAUGGAGCGCUGGCUUUGUGGUCAUGAAACAAUAAGACUUGACCUUCCUAACAUCCCUGAAACAAGCGAAGACACUAUGUUUGACUACUAUGUUACAAAUGAUGGGAAAUGGAUGCAUUGGAAUACUUGUGUUGAAGAAUAUGUCUAUCCUAGCAACAGCACUCCAGAGUAUGGCUCUAUCUUGGUUCCAAAUGUUGACAAUGUGAGAACGGACUUCCUUAUCCAGACUAUUUCAAAACAAGGGAAGGCAGUGCUGCUAAUUGGUGAACAAGGGACUGCUAAAACUGUCAUCAUCAAAGGGUGCAUGUCAAAAUAUAAUCCUGAAAGCCACAUGGCUAAGAGUCUAAACUUUUCAUCAGCAACUACUCCUCUUAUGUUUCAGCGCACAAUAGAAAGCUAUGUGGACAAGCGCAUGGGCACAACGUACGGUCCUCCUGCAGGAAAGAAAAUGACAGUUUUCAUUGAUGAUGUGAAUAUGCCUGUAAUCAAUGAAUGGGGAGACCAGGUCACCAAUGAGAUAGUUAGACAGCUGAUGGAGCAAAAUGGGUUUUAUAACCUGGAAAAGCCGGGAGAAUUCACCAACAUCGUAGAUAUUCAAUUCCUGGCUGCCAUGAUCCACCCUGGCGGUGGGCGCAAUGACAUCCCCCAGAGAUUGAAGAGGCAAUUCUCUGUAUUUAAUUGUACCCUGCCUUCUAAUUCAUCAAUUGACAAGAUUUUUGGUGUGAUUGGCAUAGGGCAUUAUUGUAGCCAAAGGGGCUUUAUAGAAGAGGUGAGAACAACUGUCGCAAAGCUGGUACCUCUGACACGGCGCCUUUGGCAAAUGACCAAGAACAAGAUGUUGCCAACCCCAGCCAAAUUCCAUUAUGUGUUUAACCUCAGAGACCUUUCCAGGAUUUGGCAAGGGAUGCUUAACACUAUCCCAGAAGUAAUAAAUGAAUCAAAUGUGCUCAUAAAACUAUGGAAGCAUGAAUGUAAGCGUGUUAUUGCUGAUCGUUUCACAAUUCCAGAGGAUGUGGCUUGGUUUGAUGUGGCACUGGCUAAACUGAUUGAAGAGGAAUUUGGUGUUGAUAAAAAGGCACUAGUACAUCCCAACAUUGAUGCAUAUUUUGUGGACUUCUUAAGAGAUGCACCCGAAGCAACAGGUCUGGAGAAAGAAAAGUCUCUAAAAGGAGAGGAGCCAGAAGAAACAGAAGCUGACAUGCCUAAAAUAUAUGAACCCAUCGAGUCCUUUGAUCACUUGAAGGACCGUUUGAAUAUGUUCUUACAGAUAUAUAAUGAAAGCAUCCGAGGGGCAGGAAUGGACCUGGUGUUUUUUGAAGAUGCCAUGAUCCAUUUAAUAAAGAUUUCUCGGGUAAUCCGCACUCCAUGUGGAAAUGCUUUGCUUGUUGGAGUUGGUGGGUCUGGGAAGCAGAGCUUGACUAAAUUGGCAUCAUUUAUAGCUGGCUAUGAUAUGUUCCAGAUAACAUUAACAAGGUCUUAUAAUACAGCCAACCUGAUGGAAGACCUGAAGCAUCUCUAUAGGACAGCUGGACAGCAAGGCAAAGGAAUCAGUUUCAUCUUUACAGACAAUGAGAUAAAAGAUGAGGCUUUCUUGGAGUACAUGAACAAUGUCCUGUCAUCAGGAGAAGUUUCCAACUUGUUUGCUCGUGAUGAAAUAGAUGAAAUUACCAGUGAUCUCAUAUCGGUUAUGAAGAAGGAGCAUCCACGGCGGCCUCCAACCAAUGAAAAUUUGUAUAAUUAUUUCAUGACCAGAGUGCGGCAGAAUCUCCAUGUUAUUCUCUGCUUUUCACCUGUGGGUGAAAAAUUCCGAAAUCGAGCUUUGAAGUUCCCUGCCCUCAUUUCUGGUUGUACUAUAGAUUGGUUCAGCCGUUGGCCUAAGGAUGCCCUUGUUGCAGUGUCUGAACAUUUCUUGUCAUCCUACGAGGUUGAUUGCACAGAUGAAAUAAAAAAAGAGAUGGUGCAAUGUAUGGGUUCUUUCCAGGAUGGAGUAGCUGAGAAAUGUGUUGACUAUUUCCAGCGAUAUCGUCGGUCUACACAUGUAACUCCCAAGUCUUAUCUCUCCUUUAUUCAGGGCUAUAAAGCCAUAUACAAAGAAAAACAUACUGAGGUGCAAACUCUGGCCAACAGAAUGAAUACUGGAUUGGAAAAACUAAAAGAAGCUUCUGAAUCAGUGGCUGCUUUGAGCAAAGAGCUGGAAGCCAAGGAAAAAGAACUUCAGGUUGCCAAUGAAAAAGCUGAUAUGGUUUUAAAAGAAGUCACAGUAAAAGCGCAGGCUGCUGAAAAAGUGAAGGCUGAAGUACAGAAAGUGAAAGACAAGGCCCAGGCGAUUGUAGACAGCAUCUCUGCAGACAAGGCGAUUGCAGAAGAAAAAUUGGAAGCUGCCAAACCUGCUUUAGAAGAGGCCGAGGCUGCUUUGCAGACUAUCAAGCCUGCAGAUAUUGCCACCGUUCGCACAUUAGGUCGGCCACCACAUCUUAUCAUGCGUAUCAUGGACUGUGUGCUACUGCUAUUCCAGAGGAAGGUAAAUGCUGUCAAAAUAGAUAUGGAGAAAAAUUGCACCAUUCCUUCAUGGCAGGAGUCCUUGAAACUGAUGACGGCAGGAAAUUUCUUACAGAAUCUUCAGCAAUUUCCAAAGGACACCAUUAAUGAAGAGGUGGUAGAGCUUUUGAGUCCUUACUUUGAAAUGGCGGACUAUAACAUUGAAACAGCUAAGAGGGUCUGUGGAAAUGUGGCUGGUAUUUGUUCAUGGACCAAAGCAAUGUCUGCCUUCUUUGCUAUCAACAAGGAAGUUCUGCCUUUAAAAGCUAAUCUGGCUGUCCAGGAGAACCGUCUGACGACUGCCAUGUUAGAUCUACAGAAAGCUCAGUCUGAGUUGGAUGCCAAGCAAGCUGAGCUAGAUAUUGUGCAGGCAGAGUAUGAGAAGGCCAUGAGGGAGAAACAGACACUGCUUGAGGAUGCAGAACGCUGCAGGCAUAAAAUGCAGACAGCUUCCAGUCUUAUUAGUGGUCUGGCUGGUGAAAAAGAAAGGUGGACUAAACAAAGUAAAGAGUUUGCUGCACAAACAAAGAGACUUGUGGGGGAUGUACUGUUGGCCACAGCCUUUCUGUCCUAUUCUGGUCCCUUUAACCAAGAAUUCCGUAAUCUUCUGUUGAAUGGAUGGCAACAAGAAAUGAAAACCAGGAAAAUCCCAUUUGGAAACAAUCUAAAUCUCACAGAGAUGCUGAUUGAUGCUCCGACUGUCAGUGAAUGGAACCUUCAAGGGUUGCCGAAUGAUGACCUAUCCAUACAGAAUGGCAUCAUUGUCACAAAGGCAGCUCGUUACCCUUUGCUGAUUGAUCCACAGACACAGGGCAAGAUAUGGAUUAAAAAUAAAGAAACUAGAAAUGAACUGCAGAUAACCUCUCUAAAUCACAAGUAUUUCAGGAGCCACUUGGAGGAUAGCCUUUCUCUUGGAAGGCCAAUGUUAAUCGAAGAUGUUGGUGAAGAGCUGGAUCCAGCUUUGGAUAAUGUACUGGAAAGAAAUUUUAUCAAAACGGGUUCUACAUACAAGGUAAAGGUUGGGGAUAAAGAAAUGGAUGUAAUGAAUGGCUUCAGACUUUAUAUUACCACUAAGCUUCCAAAUCCAGCCUAUACUCCAGAAAUCAGUGCUCGCACCUCCAUUAUUGAUUUUACCGUCACAAUGAAAGGACUAGAAGAUCAACUUCUAGGAAGAGUCAUUCUAACAGAAAAACAGGAGUUGGAGAAAGAGCGAACUGAUUUAAUGGAAGACGUGACAGCUAACAAAAGAAAGAUGAAAGAACUGGAGGAUAACUUGCUGUAUCGACUGACAAGCACACAAGGUUCUCUGGUGGAAGAUGAGAGUCUCAUUAUUGUACUUAGUAACACAAAGAAAACAGCAGAAGAGGUGACACAGAAAUUGCAAAUUUCAGCUGAGACUGAAGUACAAAUUAAUUCAGCCCGGGAAGAAUAUAGACCAGUUGCAACAAGAGGCAGCAUUCUCUAUUUCCUGAUAACUGAGAUGAGUAUGGUUAAUGUCAUGUAUCAAACUUCACUUCGGCAGUUUUUGGGUCUGUUUGAUCUUUCACUUGCCAGAUCUGUCAAGAGUCCAAUUACAAACAAGAGAAUAGCAAAUAUCAUUGAGCAUAUGACCUAUGAAGUGUAUAAGUAUGCUGCACGGGGGCUUUAUGAGGAGCACAAGUUCUUGUUCACAUUACUACUUACCUUGAAGAUUGACUUGCAGCGAGGCAGAGUGAAGCAUGAAGAAUUCCUGACACUGAUUAAAGGUGGUGCUUCAUUAGAUUUGAAAGCUUGUCCUCUCAAACCAGCAAAAUGGAUCCUGGAUAUGACUUGGUUGAGCUUGGUAGAACUCAGUAAGCUGAGACAAUUCUCAGAUGUACUUGACCAAAUCUCACGAACAGAGAAACAGUGGAAAAUUUGGUUUGACAAGGAGAAACCAGAAGAAGAACAUGUUCCCAGUGGUUAUGACCAAGCUCUGGAUUGUUUCAGACGCCUUCUUCUUAUAAGGUCUUGGUGUCCAGAUAGAACUAUUGCUCAGGCUAGGAAGUACAUUAUGGAUACCAUGGGGGAAAAAUAUGCAGAAGGGGUCAUCUUAGAUUUGGAGAAGACUUGGGAAGAAUCUGACCCACGCACACCUCUUAUCUGCUUCCUCUCCAUGGGCUCCGAUCCUACCGAUUCUAUAAUUGCUUUGGGCAAAAGAUUGAAGAUUGAGACCCGUUACGUUUCUAUGGGUCAAGGGCAAGAGGUCCAUGCCCGCAAACUCCUGCAGCAAACUAUGGCCAAUGGUGGGUGGGCACUUCUACAAAACUGCCAUCUAGGUCUUGACUUUAUAGAUGAGUUGAUGGACACUGUUGUGGAAACAGAGACUGUGCACGAAGCUUUCCGCUUGUGGAUGACCACAGAGGUUCACAAACAUUUUCCUAUAACCCUUCUACAAAUGUCUAUUAAAUUCACCAAUGAGCCUCCCCAAGGACUCAAAGCUGGUUUAAAGAGGACCUAUGGAGGUGUGAGUCAGGAUCUCUUAGAUAUUAGCAACAUGAUACAAUGGAAACCCAUGCUAUAUGCUGUAGCCUUCCUACACUCCACAGUCCAAGAAAGAAGGAAAUUUGGACCUCUUGGAUGGAACAUACCCUAUGAGUUCAAUCAAGCUGAUUUCAAUGCCACUAUACAGUUUGUUCAGAACCAUUUGGAUGAUAUGGACAUGAAAAAGGGUGUGUCUUGGAAUACUGUUCGUUACAUGAUAGGGGAGAUCCAGUAUGGUGGGAGAGUCACCGAUGACUAUGACAAGAGAUUGCUUAACACAUUUGCUAAAGUGUGGUUCAAUGAAACUAUGUUCAGCCAAGACUUCUCUUUCUACAAAGGCUAUAGCAUACCCAAGUGCACUUCAGUGGAUCAAUAUCUUCAGUACAUACAGGGCCUGCCUGCUUAUGAUACACCAGAGGUAUUUGGGCUGCAUCCCAAUGCAGACAUAACUUACCAGAGCAAACUUGCAAAAGAUGUGCUAGACACCAUUCUGAGCAUUCAGCCAAAAGACAGUUCCAGUGGAGGAGGUGAGACCCGAGAGGCUGUGGUUGCUAGACUGGCUGAUGACAUGCUGGAGAAGCUUCCUGCAGACUAUGUACCAUUUGAAAUAAAGGAGAGGCUUCAGCAGAUGGGGCCAUUUCAGCCCAUGAAUAUCUUCCUGCGACAGGAAAUCGAUAGAAUGCAGAGGAUUAUUGCUCUGGUUCGAAACACUUUGACAGAUCUAAAGCUUGCCAUUGAUGGGACUAUCAUCAUGAGUGAGAACUUGAGAGAUGCUUUGGAUUGUAUGUAUGAUGCAAGAAUUCCUGAGCGCUGGAAGAAGGCCUCUUGGACUUCUAGCACUCUUGGAUUCUGGUUUACUGAGCUGCUUGAGAGGAACUGGCAAUUUCACUGUUGGAUUUUUGAAGGGCGACCAAACUGCUUUUGGAUGACAGGGUUCUUCAACCCUCAAGGAUUUUUAACUGCAAUGAGACAGGAGAUAACCCGGGCGAACAAGGGAUGGGCAUUGGACAGUGUAGUUCUGUGUAAUGAGGUAACAAAGUGGAUGAAAGAUGACAUUACAAUUCCUCCUUCGGAAGGCGUCUAUGUAUAUGGCCUCUACCUGGAAGGAGCUGGCUGGGAUAAAAGAAAUAUGAAACUCAUAGAGUCGAAGCCUAAGGUGCUUUUUGAACCAAUGCCUGUGAUAAGAAUAUAUGCAGAAAACAACACUGCAAAAGAUCCAUGGCUGUACUCGUGUCCAAUCUACAAGAAACCAGUUCGGACAGAUCUGAAUUACAUUGCUGCGGUGGACCUAAGGACCACACAGUCUCCUGAACACUGGAUAUUGCGUGGAGUUGCCCUACUUUGUGAUGUCAAAUAAAGUUUGGAAAAUAUAUCCAUGUUAUUUUAAGGUUUUUAGAAUAGAGGCCUUCUGCUUUGCAACUUUCACUUUACCAAGAACUAGAUAGGUAGCUAAUAACAGAAAUGUUUGGGGUGUGUUUAAAUAAUCUGAAAAGUAUCCCAAUUGCUUGACUUCCUCUCAAAAUUUUAACAGGCUAAAAGCACAGAAAAAUCAGAAUUUUCAGGAAUAGAAAAGCUCUUGAACACAUACUCUCAUUUAUCUGUAGAUAAUUUCUUUUUUGUUUUUCCUGAUUGAAUUGUGCUUUAAGAGGCUGAGAAUUGACAGGCAAACAUUAGCUGUCACCAUGACCUUCCAGUGUAACAAAUUCGUGGCAAUUUCUGUAGAAAGAAAAAAUAGAGGGAGAAUGUAAACUAGAAUGUACAAUCUUCCAUACAAAAUGUAGGUUUUCUCCUUAUAGAUAUGACAGUUUUAAAUGACUAGCUUUCAUGAAUUAAUACAGUUUUUCCCCUGCUUGAAAUUAAUUAGCUGUGAUUCAAAGAGAACCGUAGGUGUAGAAGACCUUUUGAAAUCUGUAGACUAUCCACCCUUCCUCAUUCAAUUUUGAUGAAUGAUAUUCAGGUGAACAUGUUACCAAAGUUAUCCAAGGUACCAAAAGGGAAAGGAAACACAUUCCUAUCAUUUUGUGUUGUUUUAUUUCCAUCUGUUUCCAUUUCAUUUCUGUCUUGCAAGCUCUCCUUUCAUUUAAAAAAACUCUUCUAACAAAUACAGUUAACAUUUCAAGUUUGGAGAAAAAUGUGGAUCAUGCCAGCCAAUUCUGUUCUGUCACACUUCAUGUCAAGUCCUAUUUCUCAGUUGUUGUAAGCUGCUAGAUAGAUAUCUAGAAUUCAUUUAAAAGCAGCCUGGCUUAAUCCUAGUAAAAGAAAAAUCCAAAUUCUAAAUAUGUUUUCAUUAUAUAUCCAUAUAUGUAAACAGUAAGUGCUUGACUUAAAGGCCAUUUAAAUAUACACUAUUAUUGCCUUUAAGUGUUUCACAACUCUGAAUUUCAUUCUUAAAACAAACAAACUAAUGUCCAGCCUUAACUUUUCUGCAUACAUGAGGCCCUAGGUUCAGUCUUUGAUAUUUCUAGUUAAAAUCAGUUUUGGGUAGCAUAGCUAAGAAAGCCUUCUGCUUGGGACUUUGGAGGCCUACUACUAGUCAGUUUGCAAGUCUGGGCAGAUGGACCAUUGGUCUGGCUUAGUAUAAGGCAGGUUAAUAUGGAAAGAUUCAAAAUGUAUGGAUAUACCAGAAACCAAACUGAGAAGGGCAAGUCUCCUAGGUCUACCAGAGUGCUUUAUCCUACAGAAAGUGCCUUGUCUUUCUCAAUUACCAUGCAAAUCACCAUCACCUAAUUUUCUCUCUGAUAUUUGAUACUCUUCCUCUAGUUAUUUCUCUGUGCUCACAAGACUAAAUCCAAUUCUUAUUCCUAACUAGAAUAAAGCAAUGUAUUAGUGGGAUUUGAUUCAUUCUGGUUGGUUCUAGCAAUUAAGUAUAAGUCAAAUUCAUUACUGGUUUAUAUAUUUUAAAGAAAAUAAACAUUGUACAUUAAUUAAGUACACCAAAAUGUGUCUGAUUGAGAAUCCCUUACUUGUUGCUAAAUAUAACAUUUCUGAAGCGAGGGCCCUGUAUUGGUUGUUGAACUUUGGAGACAUUGACUUAAGAUGAUCAUCUUAAAUUCAGUUCCAUAUAUGGAGUAGACAGGAGGCCUGUCUGGCUUGGCCUUUCCUGCUAAUAUAAGAUCUAAAUAGAGAGUGAAAUGAAAGUGGACCCAUCCUGAUGAAUUCAUCAUUGUAAUGGAUAAUGCUGCAUUUAGUAGAUAUUUUCACAUCCUAGAAAAAAUUGCAACAGGCGAAACAUAAAGAACCAUGCUGGCUCAUUGCUGCUGGGAGCUGUAGCCUAAAAAGAUAAAGUUUCCAAGCUGGUGGUAGAGAUUUUGCUUCUUCUAUGAAUUCUUUGUAAGCAAUCUACCCUUUUUCACAGAUACCUUUGAACAAAUUAUAUUGAAUUGCAUUUUUGUUACAUGAUCUAAGGGUAAUUCUUCAUGUUAUUAAAAAUGAAUGCUGAAAUCGA